AUGUUGAGAACUACCAGUAAAUUGACAUAUCCGUCAGUGAGGCUCUUGUCUCAGACAAGCAAAAUAACAUUUCAACAAAGACCUUCAUUUUUGGACAAAUACAGAGCAGAUCAAGAAUCAAUUGAAGCACCAACAAAGUUAGCAUCUGAAUCUACAUUACCAGUGAUUGAACAAGAUUUGAAAAUUAAACCUCGUCAACCGAAAACUAAAGCCCCCUUUUUAUCAGAAGAUGAAGAUAAAAAAAUUGAAUUGCCAAGUUGGAAAGAAAAAAUCGGACAAUUUGUCGUUUCUACAUUUGGAGUCGAUAUGGAUAAAUCAAGAAGUGGUCCAGUAGCUGGUGGUAUAUAUUUUUCGGAAUGUAAAAGACAAGCAUUAGUUUACCCAAAUGAACCUAUGAGUGAUACCGCCAAAUUUUAUUAUGAGACUUUAAGAUUACCCAAAUCUUUUUCACAACAAGUACAAAUAACUAUAUUACAUUAUUGGAUUUUAUCUGUAAGAAUGAGAGCAUUACCAUUUAAAUAUAGUAAAGAAUAUCAACAAAAAUUAGUGGAUAGAAUAUUUAAUGAUUUGGAUUACAGAAUGAGUACUGAAUUAGGUAUUAAAUCCAACAGAACUAUAGAAGGUUAUUUAAAAGAUUACCAUACUCAAUUAUUAGGUUGUGUUUUGAGUUACGAUGAAGGAUUAAUGACUGAUGAUAUCACUUUAGCUUCUGCUUUAUGGAGAAAUGUAUUUAAUGCCAAUGAGAAUGUUGAUAUGAGACAUGUUGAGGCCUUGCUUGUUUAUGUCAGAUCACAAUUGUACGUGUUGAACAAAAUGACCGAUAGAGCAUUUGGGUUUGGUAAAUUUAAGUUUGUGCCUCCUGAUCAAGUGGUUGAACCUAUUUCCCUUGAACAAGAAGAACUUAUUAAACAAAAGACAAAAGAAGAAUUUGCUAAAAUGACAUUACCAUCUCAACAAAGUGUUUUGUCAAUGGAUGAAUAG